AUGAGCGACGAAGACGGCGACGGCGACGAUGACGAAGAAGAGUACGAGCGCGUGACGUUCGCGGAGGUCCUGCCCGCGGCGGCGGACGACGACGGCGUCGCGGCGUUCUUCGCGGAUCGAUGGUGCCGCGACGACGUUCACUCGUGGAGCGUGAUUCGCCCGAACGACGACGACGACGCGCGCGCGCGCCGCCCCGACGACGACGUGCUGCGACGCCUUCGCGCUGGGUUCUGCCACGGCGACGCGCACGCCAUCAUCGCCACGUGCCGCAAGCCGUCGAACGCGAAGUUCACGGAGGACGAGAUAGAGGAGAUGGUCGGCGACGUCCGGUCGCGCGGCGCGACGCUGGAUCUCCCGUUUUGCUUCGCGGACGGCGCGCGAGAGCUGCGACGCUCGCUCGCGCGCAUGGCGUUCCGCGCGGACGCGCGCCGAGGCGCGCGCUCCUCGGACAACGUCGCGGCCCUGGAGUGCGCGAACGACGUCGAGGUCGGGGUGUAUCUCUCGAGCGCGCGCGGCGCGGAGGCGGGAUGGCACUACGACGCGAAUCACAACGUCACGAUUCAGCUCUACGGCUCCAAGGAAUGGCACACGGUGCCGAGCGGCAACGUGAACGUGGAGUCCGCCCGCGGCGCGAGCGACGCCCCGCGGAACGUCUUCGAGCUGCGCGACGCGCCGCCGGACGUCGCGAGCGCGAGCGUGACGCGGGUGUCGCCGGGCGCGGUCAUCUACGUCCCUCCGGGGUGUUGGCACAGAGUCGUCCCGACGGAGGACGACGACGGCGUGUGCCUCUCCGUCGACGUUCGGGUCGGGUCCGUGACCGAACUCAGGUGGUUAAUGGAGAACCUGCACACGGCGAUGUGCGGGUAUACUGCGCGCGAGAAGGCGACCAACGCGACGUUGAUGAAAAACGCGGUGAGCGACGCGCUCCUGAGAAAAGCAAUGCGCUUUUUCUCUUUAUUGGAGGCGUCAGCGGAUAAAGAUUUUUUCUUCCCGAUUCCGCGCGCGCUGCCGUUCGAGCACGACUUAUCCGAUGGGUUAGAUCUGUGCGCGUCGCUUCAGUUCCUCCACGAAAGUCUGCCGCCGGACAUACACGAGUUCCUUCCUGCGAGUAUGGUCGAAGCAGAAGGGAAUUUGCUCUACAAUUCCAUGGUUAUCCUGUCGAAAACGCGCGCGCCCGAUCAAAACGGCGUGUAUCUUUGCAUGCGCUCGACGUCGAAGCUGACGAACAUGGACUACAUGCGGUUCAAGAUUCUGUGUCCAGCUCUGCUCGAGCCCGGGAUCGACCUCCUCAUCGGGGAGAUGUGCUACCACGAGGGUGAAGACACAGAAAAGCGAAACGCGCACAGAGAAUCCGUUCACGCAGAACACUGCGAAAAGGACCCGACGUAUCGCAAAGCGUGGGGGGACCUCGAGGAUGUUCUCGUGUGGGCGCGCGUCCUUAAGCUUAAUAUACCGAAAGAGGAUAUGGCCGUCGCAGAGCCGUCGCAGAGCAAGGGGUCGGUAGCUCCCAAACGACAGCGGCGGUAGCGGUCCAAGGUAACAACUUAGUCUAUAAUUUGUGAAGCGGAGUUUCAACUGAAAACUG